GAUGUCGAGCGUCAAGAAAUCAGAGGAGGAGUGGAGGGCUGUUCUCUCCACAGAGCAGUUCAGGAUCCUUCGUCAGAAGGGUACCGAGCGCGCCGGAACUGGUGAAUACGAUAAGCAUUCUGCUUCGGGAGUCUAUUCCUGCGCUGGCUGCGGCACACCUCUGUACAAGAGCACCACUAAGUUCAAGAGCGGCUGCGGUUGGCCUGCGUUCUUCGACGCUCUCCCAGGUGCCGUAUCGCGGCAUGAAGACAAGUCUUGGGGCAUGCAGCGCAUCGAAAUUACCUGUACCGCCUGCGGAGGUCACUUGGGGCAUGUCUUCAAAGGCGAAGGCUACCCAACUCCCGCUGACGAACGUCAUUGUGUCAACUCGGUCUCCCUGAAAUUUCAUGACGAGAGCUA